AUGUCGGCUGAGCGCGCGGAUCGCCUUGCCGCGUAUUCCCCCGUCAGCGCCGCGCUGUCGGCCGCGAUUACCGCAGAGCAGCUUACCCAGCCAACGCCGCCGGCGAACGCCGCCGCCAACGCGAAACUGCCGCCUUCUGAUGGCGGCCGCGGAGAGCGCCGCCAGAUUGGUGGAUGGCGGAAGCCAGCGCCGGCGUCCACGCGGAGUGAGUCGGGGCAGUGCAGUCUGGCCGCCCCUGCGACGUCCUUUGUGGGCGGCGGGCCCCACCAGCUGCGGCGCUCGCUCGGGUUACAACGGCACGACGGCGCGCGCUUCCUGCGCCGGCCCUCCGCCCAGCCGAGGCUCCGCGGCGCGGCUAUCGCGCUCCUGAUCUGCACUUGCUGGGUGGCCCGCGCUGACGGGAGACCGCUGGGCCUGAUGACGCACUUCGGCGCGCUGGCGGCGGCGGCGUCCGGCCGCAGCCCGUUCGUGGCGGUCUACCCCGGGGGCGGAGGAGGCGGCGGCGCGGCCGGCGACAAGGCGUGCCCCUGGUACGCGGCGUGGUCGCGCGUGCCGCCCCCGCCAGCGUCCAUGGGCCUCGAGCGGCCCAGCCCCACCGGUGAUUCGACGACGACGAACGAGGACGGCGGCAGCCCGCCGGGUUCUCCGGCGCGGCGGAGUGGCAGUGCGGGUGGCCGGCGCAGCCCCAGCUCCCCUCUGGGGGCGGCGCGCGGAUACAGCCCCCCCGGAGGCGGCGCCACACCCGCCAGCAGCCCCGCCAGCAGCUCCGCACCGCCCCCGCAGCCACCUAUCCUGCACCCGCACCCCGCCUUCCUUUCCGCCGCUGACUCCUACCUGUCGCUGACGCGGCCCAAGUCGCCGCCGCCGCAGGGGUUCCUGCACCACCACCACCACCAUCACCACCACCACGGCAUGCACCAGUCGGGAUCCUCCUCCGCAGGGGCGGCGGGUUCACACGUCGACUCCGUCGAGAUCGAGGAGGACGUGGACGACGACGACGAUUACGACAAGGAGGGUAAGAAGGACGGCGGCGGCAGCAGUGGCGGCGGAGGCGGCGUCGGCGGGGGCUCCGGGGGCGGCAGCAGCAACGGCAACGGUAGCAGCGGCAGCAGCAGCAACAACAAUAACAACAACAAGCGGAAGAAGAAGACGCGCACGGUGUUCUCGCGCAGCCAGGUGUUCCAGCUGGAGUCGACGUUCGACAUGAAGCGCUACCUGUCCAGCUCGGAACGCGCGGGCCUCGCGGCGUCGCUUCACCUGACGGAGACGCAGGUGAAGAUAUGGUUCCAGAACCGGCGCAACAAGUGGAAGCGCCAGCUGGCGGCCGAGCUGGAGGCGGCCAACAUGGCGCACGCGGCGCAGCGGCUGGUGCGGGUGCCCAUCCUGUACCACGAGGCGGCGGCGGCGGCGGCCGCGGCGCACCACCACGCCGCCCAGGCGCAGGCCCAGGCCGGCGUGUCCGUGUCGGCUGCGUCGGCGCCCGCGGGCUACCCGCUCUACUACCACCACCCGUCGCUGCCGCCGAGCCCCGCCACCAGCCGGCCGCCGCUGUCCAGCCUCGUCUAG